AUGACCCAAUCAACGCCCGACAAUCCCACAAGUACGCUAGAUAUCUCAAGUUCCCUCGAAUCACGCAAAAAGCUGCCUGCUGCAACAGAGACGAGCGAAAUGUCUGUGGAGACGGCCGCUAAUACCGUGCCGCCUCAAGAAGCUGUGGUACAGCUGGACGAGCAUCUGGCCGCAGCGUUACGGACACCUCGAGACAGGGUUUACCUCUUGACCUUGGAAGAGCGAUGGCGAGGACUUGACCCCAAUCUACCGUGAGUCGCGGGACGCCGAAGACGAUGGAUCGAGAUGAAAAUGUGUAGAGAUGGGCAGCGAUACAUGCACUCCGCGGCAGAGCCGCGGCAGUUCUGCUCACUACCCCUCAUUGCUUUUGGGAUUACAGGCAAUGGGUCCUGCCUCCUGCUCCACUCUAUGAGAGAACGCUCGCCGCUCGACUGGCUGCGCAUUUGGGCUUUGAGACAAGCACCGCGCCCGGAAACUCCAAUGGUCUUCUCGUUAGUCGAAUAGGCCGCACAAUGUGAGUAGUCAACGAGACCCGCACCCAUUCUCCUUGCGUUCAGUUCCGCUAAAGCUUAACUUGCUUUCAGGCCCUCCGAGAGGCUGAUGCAACUCGCAAGACCGCCAUCCCCAUCUGAGCCUGUCAAAUUGCUCUCCCGACCUUCACCUCAGUCGCAUGCUCCGGCUCCCCCGGCUUUGAGUGCUCCCGUGCCAAGCCGCGACGUGUCUCGAGCCUCGCCUACAAGUACUUCCGCAUCUAGCACUGGCACAACACCCUCAUCACAGCCAUCCGGUAGCGGCACCGCAGCCCGCACUAUGCGGAUCAUGAAACGUGCGCCUGGCGCUGGAAACGGCAGAGACGCGUCCUCAAGACAAAGUGCGAGGCCGGCGCCAACGAUCGGUGAAAGAGAAAAGGCGUACAAAGAAGCUAGAGAGCGCAUCUUCGGUCCUGCGGCUUCCUCAUCAGCUCCUGAGUCUGUUUCGGUAUCAUGCACGGACAGCCCUGCUAGUGCUGCGCACGAUGAGCUCACUCCAGAUCUCUCGAGCAAGGAAGCUGCACCGCCAAGUGUGACGAACAAUAAUCGACAGCCCAGCACGUAUUCAGAUGGCUAUGCGCGGCCUAUGAACAAUUCGACGCCGAGUUUACGCUCCACUGCGCCCGCCUUUGCACCCGCAGGUGUGACAGCAUGGAGCGCUCAGGCAACUUCCUUCUUGCCGGGAAUGCCGGCUGGAGGCAUGACGCCCCAGCCUGGCGGCUCAGUACCGAUGUCACAGAAGAGCAGUCAGGACGCAUUCAAUCCGUUUCCGCCUUCAAGAGGCUCAGCUAGCACUGCUGGGAGCUCAGCGGGUGGCGAGGAAUCGAGCGAUCGAGAUGCUCAAACAUCUACGGUUGAUGGGGUCGAUGCACGGGACUUGGGUCGAUGGGACUACGUGCCCGGCGGAAAAGGGGAAUAUGUUGUUCGGCCUAGACCAGAGCAGGCAGGUCCGGGCACUCCUCCAUCAUCUGGUUCGCCCACUGCCCGCUUCAACACAAGCUCUAAGACCCCUGGGCCCCAGCAUGGCGAGCGACCCGAAAGCAACCACGCAGCUCGUGCGCCCUUUGCACCUGGUUCCGCUCAUGUGAUUCAACCAAAUCAGCAAGCACAAAUACCAGAUCAGAGCUCAGCUUUCUACCAGUACCCUCAGUACGCGGGGUAUGGCGCCGACCCCCAUUCUUUCUUCCAGCUGCAGUACGGUUCCCAGCAGUUGCAGCCAAUGUACUACGGACAGCAAGGACAGCAAGUGAUGUAUCCACAAGCCAAUUAUGGAUACAUGCAGUCAGGCUUGCAGCAAUGGCAUCAGCCAGUGGCUCAAGGUUCGCCUGAUCAGAGUGGCGCGUCGGGCUAUGCUCCAUUCACGGCCCAGAACCAGGCAGCACAUCCGGCUCAGCAGUUCCAAAAUGCCUCGUCUUUGCCGACCGCUAGGCCUGCGGUCGCGCAAGGUGAUGACCUCGCAGUUGCGGUGCCGAGUGAUGGCGCUGCGCAGCCUUCAAGGCUGGACAAGACGGGCGUUAGUAGAGGUAGGGUGCCUGGAUUGGGAGAAAGGGCUUUAUACGACCCAGCAGCUGGCAUGGUCACACGGACAGCUAGUAGUGGUCGACCUUCCAUGGUGAGUGUGUGAGACAUGUCACAACACUUCCCUUGUCAGGUUUUUACUCUGUGAAAUCAUGUUUUCUCCAACGUCAGACACCAUCGGCUUCCGCGUCAUCGUCGUCAUCCAUUGCUUCAUCUCGAUCUUCUAGCGGCCCCGCUGGGCUCGGCCGCAAGAUUGGCAACGCGACGCAUUUGCACCAUUCUCUGCCCCCCAAACCCGACUGGAUCUCCGGCACGACGCCCUCGCACUCAAUUGCGGUCCCGGAAUCGACGCCACCAGAAACGUCGAAUAGCCCUAAGAUUCAAUCCCAGCAGACGUUGGACGCGUCGAUUUCCAAGUUCAAAGACCUCUCUCUGGGCGGAGAGUUUGACGGUAACAGCGACGCAGCACCAUUGGCACGUACGAGAGAAGCGACCGUGACGCAGGGCUUGGCUCCAUCCCCAUCAAAAGCGCGAGAAGCAGAAUUUCCCGCAUUGCCGUUCAACGGAACGGCGGCAUCGGCCUUGCCGAAAUCUUCUACUUGGGCAGCUAAAUCUUCCGCGCACAAGGUCUCUCCCCAGGGUGCGGAGAAAGCCCAUGAUGGCGCCGAAAGGCAAGAGAACGCCGCGAAUAUAUAG